AUGGAGAACACCGAGAUGCCUAACUCCUCCCAAAAGUCUACUCCACUAUUGCUGCACAUAGAAGGAGAUGUAUUUUACGUACCAUGCAUUUUAAGUACAAAUGGUCAAGAUUUUCGACCUUUACUUCAACCGAUAGCUCCAGCAGAAACUCGAUAUGACAGUUUAAAAACAAGUACAUGGUCUCUUAACGAAGAUAUUGUCCUUUACCGUAUAGUUGAGGCUCGAGGGCUCAAAGGAUGGAAUAUUUGGCUUAAUUUAGAUUAAGCACGACUAAGUCGUGCUCUGUAUUGCCUCGAUAUUAGGCUUAAUAUGCAUGCUUAUACAGUUCAUAGAUAUAGCCUUCCCAUCUCUCUUCUCAUAGAAGGAAUGGAAGUAUCGCUAUUAUUAUAAAAUCAGGAUGGAAAUCAAUAGCAAAAGAGCUCAAUUCCGUCAUGCACCAAAAAGUUGAAGUUAGAAAUGGUCGGCAAUGUCGCGAGCAUUGGUACAACCAUGUCGAUCCCAGCUUACGCAAAGGUGAAUGAACCUCGGAAGAAGAUAUUUAUAUCCUCGAGCAGCAAAGAAUCAUCGGCAACAAAUGAAGUGAAAUCGCUAGAGGACUGUCAGGGAGAACAGAAAACAGUGUAAAAAACCGAUGGAAAAGCCUUGUAAAAAAAUCUGAAAAAUUGUCACCAGGGUCUGACCCUGUAAGUUUAGUUUAUAAGCAAACAGAAAACAACGAAGCAAAACGUAUGAGGAUGUCACCGUCUAUAAGGAUGUCACCGUCUAUGAGGAUGUCACCAUCCUUGAAAAUGUCACCAUCUAUGAUGAGUGACAGAAUGCCAGGACAAGCAACAUUAAGCCCACAAAUGAAAAUGUUUGGGUUUAGGGAAUUGCCUCCUGGGUAUAGAGAUGGAGUUGCGAUGUGGAACCAAAUUUACUUUCAAAGUAAUCAAGAAAAUAUCACUGGGACUCCUUCUCCGUCUAUUUUUCUCUCAAUGUAG